AUGGGUCUCCAAAGGUUAUAUAUAAAGGGUCAAUUGUCAGAAAUCGGUACCUCCUUAAAGGAUAUUAAAAGGCUCAUACAAGAUGAGAAGCUACCACAAGGCGUAAAGCUUUCUAUUGCACUAGAUUAUUGGACAUCUCUAUUUCGCCAGUCUUUUAUGGCUGUGACAGGCUACUUUCUGGAUAUAGAUUGGAAUUACCGCGAGAUCUUACUUGGCUUUGAACCACUUUCCAGUUCGCAUACUGGGGCUUAUUUGAGUACAGUUCUUCAACAAGUACUUGAAGAACAUCAGGUUGAAACUCGGAUCUUAACAGUCACAACAGACAAUGCAGCUAACAACUCAAUAUUAAUAGAUUCACUCAGCAAAUCCCUCCAAUCACUUGAAAUACCAAAUCAGAUACCAUAUAUAGCCCAUGUAAUUCAACUGAGCUUGAACGAGCUUCUUGGUUGGAUAGAAAGAAUCAGGAGAUUAUUCAAACCCUUGAGAAGAUUUGACGGCUUGCAAUCUUCAUCAACCGAAGCCCUCAACGCCAUGAUAAUUUUCUUGAUCUUUAGAGCAAAGAACAAAAGCUUGUCCCAAUUCAAGACAUUUGCACACGCUAGAAUUCAACAUUCCUGA